GUCGCCAUGACACGUUCGACAUUACCGCAGCGGUUGCUGCAGACAGUCUUGCUAUGUCUCUGCGCAACACACACCGGUGCCCUGACACUGGACACAACUAGUGCAGAUUCGAUCAGAGAAGUCUCGUCGCAAGUCGCAUAUGGAUUGAUGAAAUGGUAUACGGGCAACAACACUGGAGACGUACCGGGAAACCUGCCUGAUCCAUACUACUGGUGGGAGGCCGGCGCAAUGUUUGGAGAGAUGGUCGAAUAUUGGUACUACACUGGAGACACAACAUACAAUACCGAGGUCAAGCAAGCCUUGAUGCACCAGGUUGGCGAAAACAACGACUACAUGCCGGCCAAUCAGACAAAGAGCUUGGUAAGGGAGAAACACACACUUGGCUUGCCUUGUAGCAUGCUGACCCAGCCANNGGGAAACGAUGAUCAAGUCUUCUGGGCAUUCGCCGCAAUGACAGCCGCUGAAGUCGGAUUCGAAGACCCUCCGGAAGGUUCUCCNUCGUGGCUCGCACUAGCACAAGCUGUCUUCAACGAACAAACAGAACGAUGGGACACGUCCUCCUGCGGUGGUGGCCUCCGCUGGCAGAUCUACUCGUUCAACGUCGGCUACAACUACAAAAAUUCCAUUUCCAACGGAGGCCUUUUCCAUCUCGCUGCUCGCCUUGGUCGCUAUACCGGCAACCAAACAUACAUCGAUUGGGCCAACAAAGUCUGGGACUGGUAUGAAGACUCGGCCUUGUGGGAUGCCAAAGACUUCACAAUUCUCGACGGUGCAAGCACGACAAACAAUUGUUCCGAAGGCAGCAGAGAGCAGUGGUCUUACACAUAUGGCGUCUUCCUGGCCGGUUUCUCCUACAUGUACAACCACGUAUGUCGUCUUUUGCCUGGCUUUUUCCAAACCCAACUGACCUUCCACCCCACANNGACUGAAGACGCAACCUGGCUGAACCGCAUCGACGGCAUGCUGAACACGACAGCCAACGUCUUCUUCCCUUCAAACAUGGGUCCCAACAUCAUGGUCGAGACGACCUGCGAACCUCUCGGAAAUUGCAACAACGAUCAACGUUCUUUCAAAGCCCAUCUCUCUCAGUGGAUGGCCAUUACUGCACAACUUGUCCCCAAAUAUCACGACAAGAUUUUCAGUCUCCUGGCGCCCUCUGCUAAAGGCGCUGCUGGUCAGUGCGAUGGCGGAUCCGACGGUAUUACUUGCGGCAAAAGGUGGAAUAGCACCACCUGGGACGGCACAUACGGUGUAGGUGAGCAGAUGUCUGCAUUGGGUGUCAUUCAGACCAACAUGUUGAAUGUCGUGUCGUUGAAGCCACCGUAUACGUCUGUCUCUGGUGGCACCAGUAAGAGCGACCCUAAUGCUGGCACUGGCACGAGUGGCACAUCCUCUUCGAACGGCCAGGCAAUUCAUUUAACGUCUAUCACUACAGGCGACAGGGCUGGUGCUGGCGCCAUCACUGCUGCCAUUAUUCUAUUCACCAUCGGCGGAACAGCCUGGCUGCUGAUUGCUUGA